AUAUCGACCCCAAAUCUUCUCCUUCAUCCCCUAAAAUUUUCCCAACAACUCUCUCCUAAUCUUCUCUUUUAUCACAACUUUCUAGAUAUAACCUUCCACAUUCAUUUCCCAAUUUCGUACUCUUUUACUAAUAAUUAUCACUAAUAAUUCUCUAGAAAACUCAUGGAAACUGUACUACUCUUCUUCACCUUAGCAGCCGCCACAUCGGCCUAUCUCCUAUGGUUCUCCCUCCUCGCCCGCAAACUCACCGGCCCGACCGCGUGGCCGCUGGUCGGCAGCCUCCCGUACCUCUACUUGAACCGGCGGCGGAUCCAUGACUGGAUCUCCGGCAACCUCCAAACCACCGGAGGCGCCGCCACGUACCAAACCUGCACCAUUGCCAUCCCCUUCCUGGCCAAAAAGCAAGGCUUCUACACCGUGACAUGCCACCCGAAAAACAUCGAGCACAUCCUCCGAACCCGGUUCGACAACUACCCGAAGGGGCCGACGUGGCAGACCGCCUUCCACGACCUUCUAGGGCAAGGCAUAUUCAACAGCGACGGCGAGACGUGGCUCAUACAGCGCAAGACCGCCGCCCUCGAGUUCACCACCCGCACCCUCCGCCAGGCCAUGAACCGCUGGGUGAACCGGACGGUCCGAACCCGGCUCUGGGUCAUCCUCGAGAAGGCCGCCCUGGACCGGACCCCGGUCGACCUGCAGGACCUGCUGCUCCGCCUCACCUUCGACAACAUCUGCGGCCUCACGUUUGGGAAAGACCCGGAGACACUGUCCCCGGGCCUCCCGGAGAAUCCCUUCGCCGUGGCCUUCGACUCCGCCACGGAGGCCACGCUGCAGCGGCUGCUGUACCCCGGCUUCCUGUGGCGGGUGAAGAACUUCUUGGACGUCGGGGCGGAGAAGAGGCUGCGGAAGAGCCUGCAGAUCGUGGAGGAGUACAUGAGCGGCGCGCUCGAGGCGAGGAAGGAGGCGCCGUCGGACGACCUGCUGUCGCGGUUCAUGAAGAAGAGAGACGCCGACGGGAAUCCCUUUCCGAGCUCGGUGCUCAAGCGGAUCGCGCUCAACUUCGUUCUGGCGGGAAGGGACACGUCAUCGGUGGCGCUCAGCUGGUUCUUCUGGAUGGUGAUGAGCACGCGCCGCGUCGAGGAGAGGAUCGUGGAGGAGAUCUCCGCGGUCCUCGCCGAGAGCCGCGGCGCCCACGUGGGGAAGUGGGUCGAGGAGCCGCUGACGUUCGAUGAGGCUGACCGGCUGGUGUAUCUGAAGGCGGCGCUGGCGGAGACGCUGCGCUUGUAUCCGUCGGUGCCGGAGGAUUUCAAGUACGUGGUGGCGGAUGAUGUUUUGCCCGACGGGAGCGUGGUGCCGGCGGGGUCCACGGUGACUUAUUCGAUAUACUCGAUGGGGAGGAUGGGGAGUGUUUGGGGGGAGGACUGCGAGGACUUCAGGCCGGAGAGGUGGCUGUCGCCGGCCGGGGAUAGCUUCCAGCCGCCCAAGGACGGGUACAGGUUUGUGGCGUUUAACGGCGGCCCGCGGACGUGCUUGGGGAAGGACUUGGCUUACUUGCAGAUGAAGGCGGUGGCGGCCGCCGUGCUGCUCCGGUACCGGCUGACGCUGCAGCCGGGGCACCGGGUGGAGCAGAAGAUGUCUUUGACUCUGUUCAUGAGGAAUGGGCUGAGGGUGUACUUGAAGCCGCGGGACCUGGUGGCGCCGCCGAAAGCCGCCGUGUCUGCGUAAGUGAGAGGGGAGAAGUGGUCGUUUCAAGUUUCUUGAGUUUUUUUUCACAUAUAUAAGUUUGGGUGUAUACUACGUCUGUUGUAUGAAUAUGUGUUCAUUUAAGUGUUAGAAUGAAUGAUAUAUAACAUCAUUUAUUGGAAAAGUUUACAUCAAUAAUAGAGAGUAUAUAUGUUGCUCGUGUCUAA